GUUAUUUCAUUGGUGGUGAAGUGUCACAGUGUUAAAGUGUUAAAUUCUUACUUGUGCAAAUAGUAAAUAUCAAAAAAUGACUGGUCGCGGCAAAGGUGGUAAAGGUUUGGGAAAAGGUGGCGCCAAACGUCAUCGCAAAGUUUUACGUGAUAACAUCCAAGGUAUCACUAAACCAGCUAUUCGACGUUUAGCUCGUCGUGGUGGUGUAAAACGUAUAUCUGGUUUGAUAUAUGAAGAAACCCGUGGUGUUUUAAAAGUAUUUUUGGAGAAUGUUAUCCGUGAUGCAGUUACCUAUACUGAACAUGCCAAAAGGAAAACAGUUACAGCUAUGGAUGUUGUGUACGCUUUAAAGAGACAAGGCCGUACUUUAUACGGUUUCGGCGGUUAAAUAAUU